AUGAAACCUCGAAGGAGAUACGCGGGAGAAGAUCAACACAAGAUCGCCCUUCAAGAACAGCAUAAAGCUUUCCUGCUAGUACAUCGUAAUAUGAAGGAAGCCAAGAAGAAACAGAAAGCUCAGGCCGAUAAGAGAAGCAAAGAUGAAAAUUUUCAGAUUAUUGACAAAUGGACCUUUAGUGACAUUAUUGAACCAAUACCGAAAGGCACUAGGAUCCACGAGAAACCCCGACGGAGCGGAAGAAUCGCAACUCGCAAAUUGACCUGUAACACGGGGACAAUUUCGACUAAACUAGCACAACAAUUUCUUGUAGAGGAGAAAAAUGAAGACUAUCCAUGGACCAAAUACUAUCGACCGGACCCAGAGCUGGCACGUAAAUACCUGGAAGAGAAGGCCGCGAUGUCUACGCAACAGAGGAACGCAGGAGACGCUCCGCGAGAAGUCGCCUCGCCAUCCGCGCCGACCCUCUAUCCACGGGUGCCGAUGAUGGAUGAAUAA